ACUUCCGCCUUACUACUAUAAAACACCACGUCGGUGAAGCUCUUUUUCGGAAACGUUUGUGUUGUGUGGCUUGACUCAUGGCUUGGUCUGUGUAAAACUGUUGAUGCGGUUGUUUACUGUCUAAUACGUUGUACAUGAGGACUUUGUAGCUAGCUACCAAGCAUCUCGCAUGUAUCACCGGUGUGAUGGCACAGGGGAAUUCAGUCGGCAGCUAGUAAGUUAUGAAGGAACAUAACUAGAAUGUUGACAACAACCAUCAUGAUAGAAUCAACAUCAUACUUUACGACUUGCCUUUAAAGACAGGGGUCUGAGAUGUCCAAGCGGCCUUGUCCCUGGUCAGAUGGCGCCCCCCAGAGGAAAACUUAUGUGAGAGAGGGGGCGGUUGGCGGAGAAGCAGAGAGGAAGGAGGUGUACGAACGCACCAAAGCUCUGCUCUUUGCCAGUGCUCGUUCGGCGCACCUCUGUCCAGCCCCUUCUGGGCCCCAUGCUACCCCGUCGCAACGGGGUACAGCUAAGGGGGGGCAGAUGCGCUUAGGACCGAGGGGUGAACUACUGAGGAGCCCACACAAGACAGGUGAAAUGGCCACCUCCCCUGUCUGUGCACUGUGCGAGCGCCCGUUGCUCAGUGGCUCCCCCUGUGAGCGGUGUGAGAAGGUGGUUUGCCCACAGUGCCAGCGCCAGUGCUCUCUCUGCCUGCGGACGCACUGCUUCACCUGCUGUCUGCCCAAUUAUGAAGAGCGCUAUGAGCGGAUGGUUUGCAUCGACUGCCCAGCCCUGUGACAACAGCAUCUCAUGGUGGUGCUCCGCUCUACUGCGUCUUGCUUGCACUGUAACUGGGACCACUGUACAUUCACAGAGGACUCUGC